UCUUUGAAAUGGAAAUGGCUGUUCUCGAUUCACGUUAGAGUCAGGUGGAAUGGGAGACGUGUCCACAGUAUAUAAAAGAGCGAUGCUACGACGAAUCGGCUUCUGAACUGGGGCUGAUUUAUUCGUUGGAUUGUUCAUAUUGUUCUUUUAAUUAGACAAUACGAAUUAUCCUUGCAAUGGCCCUCAGUCAGACAAGUGUGCUAAAACUAUACAAUACUGUGAUAGAGGAUGUUAUAUCGGGUGUAAGAGAAUCAUUCAUAGAUGAAGGUGUAGAUGAACAAGUACUACAGGAGCUCAAACAAAUAUGGGAAACCAAAUUAAUGUCUAGUAAAGCAGUCGAACUAAAUCCAGAUCCCCCAGAGCCUCAGGUGCCUCAAAUAAAUACACACAAAACUGUGCCUGUUAAUAAAGGAGUAAAUAUGGGAAACCACUUUUUACAACAAUCAGGAGGAAAUUCAGCUCCGCAACAAACAACACAACAACAGCAGCAGCAACAACCACAACAACAACAGGCUCCUCAGCAGACACAAACACAAACACAAUGCCAUUCGACUACAACUGGUAUACAACAGCAUGCUGGUGCACCGGUGCAGCAGUUAGUCACAUCUACGUCAGCAGUGAUGGACCGACAAGUACCUAUUCAAAUAACAUUGCCACCACAAACAGGUGUACCAGAUGCUCAGCAAAGAGUUUUAACUAUACAGGUUCCGGCGUCGGCAAUUCAAGGUAAUCAAUUGCAUACAAUUCUGACGGGCCCAGUUAUUUCAGCUGCAAUGGGAUUACCAGCUAACCUGGCUUGUACAUUGCUCCAGCAGCAUGUCAAUUCCACGCUUCAGGGUCAGGCAUUAGCUCCACUUCAAGUUAGUCAGCCUCUUCAAGUAGUUACACAAAGUGCCAAUAAUGUCUCUCAACGGCCUGUUCAAAGUCAGAAUAACAUAGCACAGUUAGAUGGUCCUCUUGGAGAUUCGUCAGAUGAUGAUGAAGAGGAAGAAGAGGAAGAUAAUGAAGAUGAAGAAGAAGAUCUUGAUGAUAAAGAAGAAGAGGAAAAUGAUGAAGCUGCUACAAGAGAAGAAGAACCAUUAAAUUCGGAAGAUGACGUAACGGAUGACGAUCCAACAGAUCUUUUUGAUACUGAAAAUGUAGUUGUUUGUCAAUAUGAUAAGAUAACAAGGAGUAGAAAUAAGUGGAAAUUCUACCUCAAAGACGGUAUAAUGAACCUCAGUGGUAAGGAUUAUGUUUUUCAGAAAAUGAAUGGUGAUGCGGAGUGGUAAAAGUAAAUACAUAGAAUUAUAAAAAAUCAACCUGAUAAUGUGUUCACAUGAAAUUGGUGUAACAUUUUGUUUCUAAAGGUGUUCCUAAGGAAAAGUUAGUUUUCUUUUGAGCAAAAUUGUAUAAAAAAAGGAUGAGUUGACUGUUAUUUUCAAGUUGCUUUUAAAGCUUGUUUAGGUUCGAUUAGAAUUUUAUUUUACAGAUCAAGUAUGCACUGGAACCUAAUUAUUCUAAAUAUUUAUAAACAAAUAAUUAGAUUUAAAUUACAAAGAAAAAAUUACGUUUCUACAUGUUGUUAGUAGGUUUUGUUUUGUGAUUUAAUAGGAUUUUAGUUAUUGAAAUAAAAGAAUUUCCAUAUUUGGAAGUAAAAUAGAUUUACGAUAUUUAAAAUUGAUAUAAUUUAAGGAAUAACGAAGGUUUCAGUGCAUAAUCUAAUGUUAAAUAACGACGCGACUCUUUUGAAGAUAGAGUUUCCUUGCGAAUAUUCUUUCACAUUAUCAACUUACCGUGUAAAUAGAUUUUAAGGAAUUGCAAUUUACUAUAAAUAUGUGAUGCUCUUAAAAAUAAAUGUGUCUUAUACUGUUAAAAACCUUAA